AUGCAAAAUGGCACAUUAAAGCCUGCAGGGCUAUCAUCAGCCCAAAUUAAUAGCACAACUCAUUUUCAUCUCUCUCGAUUGCCUGACUAUUUAGCUUAUCCAAACUCUCAACCAAAUUUUAAUGCAACUGAAUUUAAAGGUGCUCGUGUUAACUUACAAACAAGAAGAAGUAACUCUUUAGCUUUAUUUACAAACUCAACACCUUUCAUUGGAAUCCCAUCUUCAAGCCAUCUUCAGGUCAAACAUUAUCAUGCUAACAGUGAGUCUGAGGGCACUGAUUGACGAUUUAACAAAAAGUUUUCAAUGAUUAAUUAUCAGAAAACAAAUUUUGACCCAAUUUCGCAUGCUAAUAUAAAAUCUAGACCAAGCACAACCAGCCAUAAACUUCGAGGGCUUGAGGACUAUGCAUUAAAAACAAUCCCUAAGAUGCACAAAAAGUACUAAUUCUCCUAAUUCUUGAUCGAGCAAUUAAGGAAAAUUGAUCCCAUCCUUGAUCAAACGUUUUCCAUAUUGCCAAAAAUGAAACCCGCUCCCUUUACCGACCAAAUCUAACUACCCAGCUCUGCUAAUAAUGAAUCUUUAGAUAUUACAGUAUAAUCACUUUUAAAUAGUUUUAAAUCGAUUUCUAGCAUAUUUUUUAAUGUUUUGCAUUAUCUAUAUACUAUUAUCCUAUCGCUAGCGCAAAAAAUAAUUUAUAUGGAAAAGAGAUUUAAUAUAAAAUUUCAGAUUAAUAAAAAAAAUUUUCCAUAAUUUUUUUAAACCCCUCCUUGAUCGAAAUAAGUCAAUCUGCUUACUCCCCCCCCCCCCUCCGUGAGCGAACAAAACCAUUAGAAAAAUCGCCAUUUUUUGACCAAAAACCCACCCUCCGUGAGUGAACAAAAAUUUUUUUUAAAUAGAAAAAAUUUUAAUGGAAAAAAAUUUUGAUAUAUAAGUGAUAAUUAGUAUAAUGAAAUCUAGAGCUAAUUCUGUUUAAUUUUUAAACAAAUUGCGUUUUAAAACAUAAAUUUUGCAAAUUAAAUUAAUAUUUGCUUCCCAAUUUUUGCAAAUUAGGAUUUUUUUAAAUUUCGAAAAAAAUAUUUUUUAUAAAAUUUAUAUAUAAAUUUUUUUUAAAAAAAAAAAUUAACCCCCCUCCGUGAGCGAACAAAAUUUUUUUGUUCGCUCACGGAGGGGGGGGGGGGGAGUUAGUCAAGCAUGGUGGGAGUGAGAAGCUGUUUCCAAUGACACAGCAGCAUUUCGGAGAAAAUCUGGAGAAUUCACAAUAUUUGACGAUGCAUGCUUGCAGAGAAACGGAGGAAACCCAUUCAGAUAUCCAAAACUCUCUAGAAAUAAAAGCAUGAUUGAGAAGCAUAAAUAG